AUGGAGAAGUCAGGAAGACAGGCUUACCUGGAGUCGGCCUCGAACGCGGAGCAGGAAGGACCCAGAGUUUUCGCGCACAACGUGGCAACUUCGUUGGGCGAGCGAGCUAGGAAGCACCAGCGGCAACCAACGCAUGAGCAAGGGACUGACACCGAACUCGAGGCACUUCACAAGGACCUGAUCGGUGCCCGACAGUGCUACCAAGGCCUGCCCAAGCCGGAUACUGCCGAAUAUGGCCGCGAGGUUCACAGGGACACCUCCGUGAACAAGGAUCUGCAGGCACAUAUCAGCACCACAGAACAGAAGGUCAACAAGUAUCGAGACAAAAAUGCAGUGUUAGCCAACGAACUGCGCCGGAUUCAUGCACAGAAGGGGCGACUGGAGGACCAGCUGGCGGCGGCGCGGGUUAACUCAAAAUUGCAGACGUCCAGAAUGCAAUUCACCGGAGAAGAAGGAAAAGUUCUUCGAAAGAAAAUUCAGGAGGGGGAGGAAGCAUUUACAAUGAAACUUCGAUCAACUAAAGAUCAAAUUGAAGGACGACUUGCGCGCUCCCAGGGGGCUUUAGAGAAAGCGAAGGGUGAAAACCAGGCUGCAUUGCGCGAAAUCCGGCACUUGCAGAGGCGCAUCGACGACACUUCAAAGGAGGCUGACGCAGAAAGAAAGCGCGGACGCGAGUUUGAAGAAGAGAAGGACAAAAUGAAUGAGCAGAUAAAGAAGCUGGAGGCCCGUCUGCACGACGCAAAGCGGGAGUGCUCGCUUGAGAAAUCGCGCCGGUUGGAUGUGAAGCGUCAAGUCGAAGACGCCCUUGAGCGCCGUGAGAAGCUCAAGAGAGAACUUCUUGCUGCUUGCAGUGAGCUCAGCUCAUCAAAUAGCACCACUGGAAGGUUUACUGGACUUAGGAAUGACCCACGCAACAUGAUGGUGUACGCUCCGAACUCGGGCGCUCCUUGA